CGCCGCUGAUAUUAAGAUUAUUCGCCCCCUCCUUCGCUCUUCUCUCCCAUCCCCAGGCUCUGCUCCGCUCUUCCCCCGACUCUUCGACUCUGUUGUUCGCGGCGCGUGGCAUUCUCGCAGUGAAUUUGCGAUUUAUAUCAGACAAGGGCGCAUUCUCCCUGAACACCACCACGCAACGCCUCGUUGAGAUCAGCACGCCGCACAAGCUCCUGUGUGUGGCUUGUCUUCGACUGACGCGAGACUGAAGAGAAGGGAAUCCCCGGAAGGAGAUGGCGUCCUUCAUCACCACCAUCAAUGCUCGGACCCGGGCUCCCUUCAAACCGCGGUCGGCAGCCAAGGGCACCACCAGCUACCAACUACGACAGUUCGCCGAGGCGACCCUGGGCAGCGGAAGCUUGCGCAAGGCUGUCAAGCUCCCCGAAGGCGAGGAUCUGAACGAGUGGCUCGCAGUCAAUGUCGUCGACUUCUACAACCAAAUAAACCUGCUGUAUGGCGCGAUCACAGAGUUCUGCUCGCCCCAGUCAUGUCCGGAAAUGAAGGCGACCGAUGAGUUCGAGUAUCUCUGGCAAGACUCGGAGAACUUCAAGCGACCGACGAAGAUGUCAGCCCCGGAGUACAUCGAACACCUGAUGGCCUGGGUGCAAAGCAGCGUUGACAACGAACAGAUCUUCCCCAGCCGACUUGGCGUCCCGUUCCCCAAGGUUUUCCCGAGUCUGGUGCGCCAGAUCUUCAAGCGGAUGUACCGCGUGUACGCGCACAUUUACUGCCACCACUACCCCGUGGUGGUGCACCUGGGUCUGGAGCCCCAUCUGAACACCAGCUUCAAACACUACGUGUUGUUUAUCGACGAGCACCGCCUGGCCAGUGGGAAGGAUUUCUGGGGUCCGUUGGGCGAUCUGGUGGAUAGUAUGCUGCGCAGCGAUUAAUGGGUUGUUUUCUUUUUCGCAUGCGUCGGCUGGAAGGAAGGGCAGGCUAGCAGCAGCGGCAGCGGCAGCGAGAGGACGGCGUUCGGGUAUUGGCAUUGAUGCGGGCACACAUUUCACGCGUAGAGGCAGACCGGCGUUGAGUAGGAUGUGACGUGACUGGGAAUUGGUCGCAUUAUCUGCAUGAAUGAAUGAAUGAUC